CUUUCAUUGCUGAGAGAGAAAAGCGGCAGACAUGGGCAAUAGUCACUACCAUGCUUGGAGUAGUGCUUUUUGAUUUUGCAGCUGACUUCAUUGAUGUCCCCAUCAAAGUGUAUUUAUUUGAUGUCUGCUCUCAUCAGGAAAAAGAGAAGGGUCUGCAUUACCAUGCCCUCCUUACAGGCUUGGGAGGAGCCCUAGGUUACUUGACAGGGGCUGUGGACUGGAGUAAUACCAUACUGGGACAUCAUUUGGUAUCCGAGUUCCAGGUGAUGUUCUUCUUUGCAGCCUUAGUUUUCCUGGUCUGCCUCGUUGUGCACUUGUGCAGUAUCCCUGAAGUCCCCCUCAGAUAUGAAAGCGAAGAGACCAAGUUCUUGUUGGAAGUGGAUGAACUCCGUCAGUAUAAAUCCAUAGAGGAAAUCAAGAAUGGUUACUUAAAAUCAGCAUGUUCUGAAAUAAAGGCCACACCUAAACCAACGAAGUCCUCUGGUCCAUCACAUACAGAUACUCAGCCGCGGAUGACCCUUAAAUCGCUCCUGAAGACGCUUAUAAGCAUGCCAUCCCACUAUCGCUACCUGUGCGUGAGCCACCUCUUCGGAUGGAUGGCUUUCCUGUCCAACAUGCUCUUCUUCACAGAUUUCAUGGGACAGAUUGUGUACGAGGGCAGUCCCUACGCGCCUCGCAACUCUACCCUUUACCUUGCCUAUGAACGAGGAGUGGAAGUUGGAUGCUGGGGGCUGUGCAUUAAUGCGGUUUUUUCAUCAGUCUAUUCUUACCUGCAGAAAGCCCUUCUGCCAUAUAUAGGAUUAAAAGGACUUUAUUUCAUUGGAUAUCUACUUUUUGGAUUAGGUACUGGCUUAAUUGGCCUGUUUCCCAAUGUCUAUUCCACCCUGGCUCUAUGCUCCCUCUUCGGUGUUAUGUCCAGCACACUGUAUACGGUGCCAUUCCACCUCAUUGCAGAGUAUCAUCGGGAAGAAGAGAACCUGAAGCUGCAGGACGGAGAGCAACCCGGCACACACGGGCGCGGGAAGGGCAUUGACUGCGCUGCCCUCACCUGCAUGGUGCAGCUGGCCCAGAUCAUUCUCGGCGUGGGCCUCGGCCUCCUGGUUAGUGUUGCCGGCAGCGCGGUCACGGUGAUUUCGGCAUCCACCGUGGCGCUGAUCGGCUGCUGCUUCGUUGCCUUUUGUGUUCGAUAUGUGGGGUAA